AUGGUUGAUAUCGAUAAACUCAAAAGUGAUGCACGUAAACAUGCAUUAAAAGCUGUUGAUCUUGAUUCAAAAGGUAAAAGUGAAGAUGCUGUAUUUUUCUAUGUUGAAGCUGCUCAAGCAUUAAUUAGUGUACGUGAACAAUUAAUAUCUGGUCGACAAGAACAAUCAAAAACAUCAUCAUCAAUUGAUUUAAAUGAAAUCGUUCGUUUAAUUCAUGAUUAUAUAAAACGUGCUGAAGCAAUUAAAGCAAGUUUAAAAUCAAAACCAACACCAAGUCUUCAUUUAAAAAAUACAUCAGAAAAAGGUGUUGAACGUGCUCGUUAUUUAUUAACACAAGCACUUGAUCAAGAUGAACAAAAACAAUAUGAUACUGCAUUUAAACUUUAUCAAGAAGCUAUAACACUUUGUUUAAAUGAGAAAAAAACCAAUGAUAAUUCCAAAAUAAAAGAACAACUUGAAAAGAUUGCUUAUCAAGCUUUAGAACGUGCUGAAGAACUUAAACGUACAGAACUUAAUUCAUCAUCUCAUAUACGUUUACCAUCACCACCACGUGAUGAAAUCAUUCAACAAGAAGAACAACAACCUCUUGAUAUUGAUCAAACAAACAUAAAUAUAAUUGAUAAACGAGCUAAAUUAUCUUCACAUGAACUUGAUGUUUUAAGACGUGGAUCAAAAAUUAAUGGUCGUGAUUAUGUACCAUUUUUUAAUAUUGAUUUACGUGAACGUUUUGCAUAUCAAACACCAUUUGUUGAUCCACAUGGACCAUUAAAAUUAGCUCCAAAACAACAAACACAUUUUUUACGUUGGGCACGACCAGAUGAAAUCAUGUCGGAACCAAAAAUGAUAAUGGCUUUAUCUUAUUUUUCAAUAAAACAAGAUCUAAUAUCGGAUUGUUCAUUUGUUGCUAGUCUUGCUGUUAGUGUACAAUAUGAAAAAAAAUUUAAUAAACGUUUAAUUACAUCAAUUAUUUAUCCACAAAAUAAACAAGGUGAACCUAUUUAUAAUCCGUGUGGAAAAUAUAUGGUUCGAUUUCAUUUAAAUGGUGUAUGGCGAAAAGUUAUUAUUGAUGAUACAUUACCGAUUGAUCAUUCAAAUCGUCUACUUUGUUCAUCAACAACAAAUAAAAAUGAAAUUUGGGUUAGUUUAUUAGAAAAAGCAUAUAUGAAAGUAAUGGGUGGAUAUGAUUUUCCUGGUUCAAAUUCAACAGUUGAUCUUCAUGCACUGACAGGAUGGAUACCAGAACUAGUCUCAAUUCAUCAUGAUGAUUCAACAUUUGAUAAAGACAAAGAAUUUGAUCGUAUGUUCGAACGUUUUCAUGCUGGUCAUGUACUUAUUACAGUUGCUACACCAAAUAUAUCAAAAGAAGAAGAAGAACGUAGUGGCCUUGUUUCAAGUCAUGCAUAUGCUUUAGUUGAUAUGCGUAAAAUUGGUGUUCAUAAAUUAAUAAUGUUAAAAAAUCCUUGGUCACAUUUAGAAUGGAAAGGUAAUUUUAGUGAUUAUGAUACUCGAAAUUGGACACCAGAAUUAAUAAAAGCACUUAAUUAUGAUCCUAAACUACAAGUUGAUGUUGAUAAUGGAGUUUUUUGGAUUGAUUAUAAUAGUUUAUGUCAUCAUUUUGAAAAUUUUUAUCUUAAUUGGUCUCCAUCAUUAUUUUCUUAUACAUCAUGUAUACAUAAUUCAUGGCCAGCUAGACAAGGACCUGUUAAAGAUCUUUAUAAUCUUGGUGAUAAUCCACAAUAUGUACUUCGAGCUAAUCCAAAAAUACGAUCAUCAAUAUGGAUUCUUUUAACACGGCAUAUAACUGAACGACAAGAUUUUGCUGUUAAUCGUAUAUUUAUAACAUUAUUUGUUUAUAAAAAUGGUGGAAAUAAAGUUUAUUAUCCAAAUGAUAUUAAACCUCUACAGGAUGGUGUUAAAACAAAUUCUGCACAUUAUCUUGUUAAACUUGUUACUGAUGAUAAUGAUUCAAAUGGACAAACAUUAUAUACCCUUGUGGUAUCUCAAUAUGAAAAAAAUGUUGACAUAUAUUAUUCGUUACGUGUUUAUUCAACAUGUCAAUUUACCUUGACUCCAGUACCUGAUUAUUAUAAUCCACGAUAUCAACAAGAAAUAACUGGUGAAUGGAAAGAAAAAACAGCUGGCGGUUGUCAAAACAAUGCUUCAACAUAUAAAAAUAAUCCACUCUAUCAACUUGUAUUAAAUAAUCGUGAUGCAAAUAAUUAUAUUAAAAUUGAAUUACGUGCACCAAAACAAUUUCAAGUUGGAUUUGAAGUGACAUGUACCGAGACUAAAGUUUCCAAUGCUCCUGGAGAAUUUCAUAAAACAGAAUCAGGUGCAUAUCGAUCAGGAUUUUGUGUCUUAACACUUGAUAAUAUACCGGGUGGUACAUAUACGAUUCGUCCAGCAACAUUUGAUCCAAAUCGUGAAUCACCUUUUUUUCUUCAUGUUGCAUCGUCUCAUCCAUGCACAUUGACAAAAUUACAAUAG